CUGAAACACCGAUAUGAGGCAAGAACGGAGGAAACAGAGGCCGGACCUUCUCCGUUGACGACAGCAAGAAGGCAAAGGGCAACACUCCGAGAUCUGCAGUGCCGAUGACCCGAGAGUCGGCACGACCUCGAGGCGAGAACUUGCCAGACCCGCCGGGAACUUCUGAUUUUUUGCAGGGAUCUUGUUUGGACCAGUGCAAACCUGACAAAACCUGACUCCCGUGCCCGAACGACCGCCAGAAAGAGAGAUCCGGGAAGAGCCCCUUGAAACGCUGCCCAUCAGCGAUCGACAUCCAUAGCUUUCCUCCACAUUUCUGUUCUGUCCAGUGCUAAGCACUGCCCCGGAGAGGUCACAAGUGUCCUUCCCAGUGUCAAGCACUGCCCCGUAGAGGUUACACGUACUAGUCCUUUCCCGUGCAGCUCCGUAUAGCUCCGUGCGCAUAGAGCGGAGGCCCUCUGUGGCGUCACGUCCGCCACCAUCGUGAUGGCCUCUGGGAUGUUAGGCAAACGCGUAAGCAGCCAUGCGGGAGGGAUCCAUAACGUGCCACACCCAUCCAUCCCAUCCAAUUGCAUCCAUCCAUUCCCCCGUGUGUGUCAGGACCUGCUCUACAUGCCACCAGAGCUGCUUCCGAAGGCCAAGAAGACCUGUCGGAAGGGCCGCCUGAGCGAGAAGGAUGGCCAGCAGGACGGCGAGCGGGAUGAGCAAGCCAUCAUGGUGAUGGAGCCAAAGGCCGUGGACGUGCAGAUCAAGGUACGCAUGCAAAACAGGGGGUCGGAGCUCAUGAGGGCUGUGAACACACCUGUGUGCGCGUGUGUCUUCUGUCUGUCUGUGUGCAGGAGUUGGUAUUGCCGGGUCACUAUGUCGCCAACUGCUCUGCGGACUGGAAGCAGGGGGCGCGGGGCAUGAUGGUCGACAGACUGUUCGAGGCCGCCGAGGAGCUCAACCUGCACUACAGAGUGCUCUACCUCGCGGCCAACCUCACGGACCAGUUCUCAUACCUAGGUAUGUGAGCCCGCAUAGCACCACACACACCACACACACACACACACACACACACAGAGCGGCGGACGGACACUCUGUGUGUGGGUGCUUCGUGCAUCUGUGUCAGUUUCCAAGUACUGCCCCGGCAUGAAGCGCAUCAACCUCUCAGCCGUACACACAAACACACCCACACCCACACCCACUCAUCUACACAACACACCCACACGUCUGUGUUCAUCGUCAUGUGUGUCAGGUGGGCUACACGUGCAUCUGGAUCGCGCAGCAGCAGGUCAAGGGCGGCGCGUCCUGGGAGUUCGGCCAGAAGAUCGUGGAACUCAUGAACGACAUGCCCAAGAACAAGUCGUAUGACCUCCAGGCGCUCGUAGACAUCGAGAAGAAAGUCAAAAGGUACACCUACACGUCCACACCCCUCCCACCCACAGAAAGAGGGGAAUCCCCUGUCUGUCAUUGUAUGUGUGUCGGUAUGCGUCUGAUUGGUGUGGUGUGGUGUGGUGUGUGCAGCGUUGUUGGAUCUGGUUGUGAGUGCGAGACCGCCGCCGACCUCGUGGUGCGGUACGCCAUGGCCGCCCAGCUGCCGAGCGGCACCGAGCCACACGUGUUCGCGAAGUUCCUGACGGUGAGCCACCCACACCCAUACACGGAUGCACGCCCAUUCACACAUCCGUGUGUGGCUGUGGUGUGGUGUGGUGUGCAGGAGUUGGCGUUGACUGAGUUCGAUCUGUCGAAAUACGGCCCCAAGAUGCUCACUGUAGGCAGACAGACACAAAGGAAUUAACUGCCCAGCCCAGUCCGUGCGUCACGUCUGGUGUGGUGUGUGUUGGUCUGUUCCUUCCAGGCCGCCUGUGUGUGGGGGGCGCGCAGCCUCUGCCUCGACCUGCCUGAGGAGGAGGACUAUGUACGUGUGCAGCCAACACGACACGCACACACACACGCACACACACACGCACACAAACAAACAAACAAACAGUCACAUGUGUCAUCAUGUGUUGUCUGUGCUACCUGUCAUUCACCCACAGCCGCCCGAGUUGGAGCGCAUCAGCGGCCUGACGUACACCGACAUCAUGCCCUGUGUCCAGGAUCUGUGGAGAGCUCUCAAGCAGCUCAAUCGGAGCGAAAACCGCGCCAUGGUGAGUGGACAGUCACACACACACGUGACACACACACACCUGUGGGGAAAGGAGGGCCACGCAAUUACUCUCACCUGUGCCAUCUUUGUGUGUGAUGGUUGGUAUACAUGGAAUCUGCAGGCGAGUUUUCAGGAGCGUUGGCGGACAGAUGAGCGCUACAGCCUCAGUGACAGACUCUACGGCGAGAUCAAGAAACCCACCCCGCCCAGGACGCCCUCUGACGUACACACCCACACACCCACACACCCACAUACGCACAUUGACACAUUGGCGGCGAUGUGGGUGUGCUGUGCGUCAGGGUCUGUGUCUGCCGGCCGACUAUCCUGAGUCAUGUUCGGACGAGUUCAAGACAGAGAUCCGCGGCCACGUGGUGGACCGCAUGAUGGCCGUCUCGGACAAGUUUGGCAUCCAGACGAGGACGCUCAACUUGGCGGUGACGCUCAAGGACAGCUACCUAUACACAGGUACACACACACACACACACACAACCGACACACAGAGAGAGCGGCAUUCAUUGUGUUGGUGUCCUUGGUUGCAUUCUGCGGGCGCAGCAAACAAUGAGUUCGCCAACUCGGGCAUCCCCCGUUUCAGUUUGCUGGCCGUACGCACUCGCGCACACAAACACAAACACACCCACACCUCCCUCUCCCUCAUGUGUGUUGUGUGGGUGUGGUCCGUGUGUGUGCAGGUCGGGUUCACAUGUCUGUAUAUGGCCUCCAGCCACCAGGUCCCUCUCAGCGACCUCACAGCCGCCCUCAACAAGGAGCCAGCGUCUGCCUUCCGCCCCCGCAUCUACACUGAGCAGGACAUCAUCGCCAUCGAGAAGGCCAUCAUCGAGUAAUAGACGAGGCGAACCGAUCAUAGGCACCCACCAUCACGUGUGUGUCCGUUUGAUAUGCAUAUGUGUGUGCAGCGUGGUGGCGAGCAAGCUGACGUCGGUGUGGCUGGCGGCCGAUCGCACUGCUGCCGACUUCGCUGAGCGUUUCUGCACGGCUGGGGGGAUCUCCGGCGGCUCGAAGCACCGUGCAUUCGUCGACUUCCUGCUGGUGAGUCGGACACAGGAGACACAACAGCACGCAUUGACCAGCUUGUGUGUGGCCUGUGUUGUGUGCAGGAGUUGGCGAUGACGGACUUCGACAUGGCGAAAUACACACCCAAGACCCUCGCCGUAGGGACACCCGCACACAGGAAUACAUCCAUCCAUCCCUGCAUCCAUGGAUCUCCCCUACACCCCUGCAGGCAGCCGCCGUCUGGGAGACUCGUCAGAUGUGGAUGGUCCGCCCCGGGCAAUCCCACGCUGGCGAGGAACCAUUCGUAAGCCACACACACACAACACAGACACCCACAGAGAGAAAUGAUCCUCAUCGUGAACCACGUGUGUGUGUGUGUGUGUCAAUCAUGUGUGGUGUAAUGUAGAGCGAGGGACUGGGAGAGGCGAGCGGCCUAAGCGAGGAGGACGUGGCGCCAUGCGCAAAAGACCUCGCGAGACUGCUGAUGGCCAUCGGCCAGCGGAACAGCAUUCCGGUGCGUAUAUCAGCCAGAGAGGCAGACGGCACCAUGUACUCGGGAUGUCCCCCUGUAUCUAUGCAGGCCACCAUGCUGUCGUGCUUGCGCCGGUGGUCAACGACAGAACGGUUCAAGUGGGGUCUCUUCUCUUUCCUUUCUCCCUGAACACCCCAUAUACCGGUAAGGUUGACACCACCACACACAUGCAGUGUCACUCAUGUGUCUGUCGCCCCUCUGUAUGUGUGUUUUCUCCCUCCAGCCAUGCAGCUCAUCCGGGUUAUCACUGGGAUGUACGUGUGGGGUUCUGUCCAUGUGCACGUGUUUCGCUGACAGACAGACCGAGAGACGAACAAAGCGGACUUUUCACUCGUUUACAGCAACGUUCCAGUCAUCUGCUCGUCCUCACACCACAAGCAGCACAAACAACAUACCAAGUCGGCAAAAACCAGUAGCGAAAGACCGUCACCAUAUGAAGC